AUGCGACUACAUAGUUUCGUUUUCGUGCUUUUAUGCAUUUCGUCGGGGUUCGUUCAAGCUACCCGCAAUUAUCGCUCUGCCAAAAUAGCCUAUGUUUAUAACAAAGCCUCUCACCACAUUGCCGAUAAGACAAGGUUAGACAAAUUGGAAGAUGAACUUGCUAAAUUUGAUGAUUUAUACAUGGAAAUGAAAGAUAAGACUCAUACCGGAAAAGGAGGAGAAAAAGAUUCGGAGCUUAUUGAUGAAAAGCUGAUGCGUCUGCUCGAGCGUCAUGACCUCCAUAUUACAAGUUCCACUUUCCGUGAGAAAAUAAAACAUUUGAAUCUUUAUCAGCGCCAGCUGGAAGAUGUCUUGACGAAAACCUUUGAAGACAAAGACGCCAAUAAGAUUUGGACGACAAUAGCUGAAUCUGAUGUGUCAGAGGCCUAUAAGCUAGACAUCUACGAUAGAUUGGAGAAAUUAGAGAGAAAGUUGACUCAAUUACAAAAUGAUAGAGAAACUCUGAAUGACGAACAUCAUGAGAAUUCCAUUCAUCUGAAUGAAGACGUUGAUAAGAAAAGAAAAGCAACCGAUCAACAAAUUACUGAUGUUCGAAAUGAAAUCAAACACAUUCGCGAUGAGAUCAAAAUAGAAAUAGAAAGCCCUUUCGAAGAUGAACACAUUCGAAGUUUGUGGCGAAAAACACUCUUGGAGAGACAGCUAUCAAAUAAAGAUUUCGAUGAAAUGAAAAGCCAUCUCGAGUAUUUUGACCAGAAGUUCAAGAAGAGAGCGUAUAUCAAAAAAGAGCUUGACGCCUCUCCCGAUGGAAAGAAAAUGUAUGCAGAGGACGACAACCUCAAGUCCAAAUAUGAAGAAUUAGAUAGAACUUUUACUAAAGCUCUAACGUAUCUGAAAGAGAAGUAUAAGCAUACGGAACUAUAA